GAUUAAAUUAUUUUAUAUUAUGAAAAGCCUAGGAUUACCUCUAAAGAAACUUAAAACAGCGGCACAUUCUUAAUGUCUAAAAAACAUUGCCCGCAACGGUGUACAAAAACUCAUUAGUCUUAAUACAGCCCUCGGUGCAACUCUGCUGCUUGUCCAAUGUCACAUUCUGGCCAGAAUGCUGUUGUAGAAAAUCGCGGCAUUUCUCAUCGCUGAGAAAUCGUACUCCUCUCCCAUUGGCCAAUAACGGAUUCUCAGAGCCGAACAGCCAAUCACAGCCCAGUGCGUAAAGCGCUGCGUUGAGAAUCGUCGGCCUGCUGAAAAAGAGGAGCCAACGGGAAUCCCACAAUGCCAGGCGAGGGACCUCCUGUCGGAGAGUGAAGCUCCGCUGGUUUCAAUGAAAGAGGGGGAGAAGAGUAAUGCAGAGGGAUGUAAGAUGGCAGAGCUACAAAUGUUGUUAGAGGAAGAAAUUCCGGCUGGAAAAAGAGCCCUUGUAGAGAGCUACCAAAACCUUUCAAGGGUCGCGGAAUAUUGCGAGAACAAUUAUGUGCAGGCACAAGACAAGAGGAAAGCCCUUGAGGAGACCAAAGCCUACACCACCCAGUCCCUGGCGAGCGUGGCCUAUCAGAUCAAUGCCUUAGCCAACAAUGUGCUGCAGCUGUUGGAUAUUCAGGCUUCACAGCUGCGAAGGAUGGAGUCCUCCAUCAACCACAUCUCUCAGACUGUGGACAUUCAUAAAGAAAAAGUUGCUAGACGAGAGAUCGGGAUCCUUACCACCAACAAAAACACAUCUCGGACCCACAAAAUCAUCGCCCCCGGCAACAUGGAGCGGCCCGUGCGCUACAUCAGGAAGCCCAUAGAUUACACCCUGCUGGAUGAUGUGGGGCACGGUGUUAAAUGGCUUAAAGCAAAGCAAGGGAAUAACCAGCCAGCUCGGGGAGGUGGAGGAACAUUAUCCAGGACUAACCCACCCACACAGAAGCCCCCAAGCCCACCCAUGGCAGGGAGAGGUACCCUGGGACGAAACACACCGUAUAAGACGCUGGAGCCAGUCAAACCUCCUGUGGUGCCUAAUGACUACAUGACCAGUCCGGCUCGCCUGGGCAGCCAGAACAGCCCAGGACGCACUGCCUCGCUCAAUCAGAGACCCCGAACGCACAGUGGCAGUAGUGGAGGCAGCGGCGGGCGAGAGAACAGCAGUAAUAGUAUGGGAAUCCCUCUGGCUGUGCCAACACCCUCACCUCCCAGUAUUGCACCAGUAGUUCCUCAAGGUCCAGGUUUGGGCCCAAUCCCGAUGUCUCAGUUUGGAACAAUCUCCCGGCAGAUCUCCAGACACAAUUCCUCUACCACUUCUUCCUCUGCCUCUAUGGUGUCAGCCACCGGCACCUACCGGCGCGCCCCUGCCGGCUCCUCCCAGUUCUCUGUGCCUCAACCCCACCUGAACGGGGGUCCCACAUACCCGCAGAACACAAUGUCUGUCGCUCCACCACCUCCUCCCUUGGCGCAGCUGACGCCCCAGAUUCCUCUCACUGGCUUUGUGGCCAGAGUUCAGGAGAACAUAACAGACAGCCCGUCUCCACCCCCUCCUCCGCUACCUGAGGACACGCCCUUGUUUGAGGAAGCAGCUCCGCCUCCUCCACCUCCACCUGUAGAUUAUGAUGAAGAAGACGCAGCUCUGGUGCAAUACAAUGACCCCUAUGCUGAUGGAGACCCUCACUGGGCCCCAAAAUCCUACUUAGAGAAGGUGGUGGCCAUCUAUGACUACGCAAAGGACAAAGAUGAUGAGCUGUCCUUCAUGGAGGGCGCCAUCAUCUACAUCAUCAAGAAAAAUGAUGACGGAUGGUUCGAGGGCGUGAGUAAUGGUGUGACCGGACUGUUUCCUGGCAACUACGUCGAGUCCAUCAUGCACUACGCUGACUAAUGCUAAAUCCCAGAGACGGCGUGCAAUGCAGCCAAUCAGUUACAAACAUUGCAAAGUGCAUUAGGAUAUGACUGAAUGUUUGUUUUCGUCCAAUCGCCAAUGUAUCCAAGCAUCUGCAGUGCUCAAGGUUUGAGGAGACAGAAGAAUAUGAAAAGAAACAAGUCUCGCUGCUUUCUGCUUAGGUUGCCUCAUAUGUUUUGUACAUAUAUUACAGUGAGACGUUGCCUGUAGGCUGUUGCUAGUGUUUGUUUUUGUGCGUGUUUUGUCAUCGUAUAGAGACCCGUAUUUGCCAAGUGUCCGCUAGGGCUAGUUAGUUUUGAUUUUUCCAAAACCUUUUUUUUUCUUGUUUUUUAUCUAAACUGUCAAGCUCUUCCUUUACCGUGAGGAAGAAAUGUUUGAAUGUCAUUUCUGGAAUAUUAUAAUGCCUGGUAAAUAAUUAGGCGACAAUAUAAAAAUGACAAUUACGUCUUUACCUAC